AUGUUAUCUUUAUCCAAAACCUCAUUUUUCUCUAAAGCCAUAGAUUUAUCUAAAUAUGUUCAACUCAACAAGAUUUUUAAAACAGAAGUAGAGACAGUAAUAGGUUUAACAGUUAACAGAACAGGUAAAAAAGGAAAUGAUGUUUUAUCUACACCAGGAAUGCUCGACGAAAUGGAUAAUUUUGUUAUUAAUGUAUCAAAUAGCUUUUUACCACGAGGAAAUGCAUCAAAGGUAAGAUCAAUUAAAUUAACACACAAGAAACCUUUAAUGCAUGGACAAAAAUUCACCUUAGAAACAUCAGCUAUCAAAACUACUGACAGAUUUAUUGAUUUUUCAAUCAAAGCUAUAAAUCCUCUCAAAAAUGAAGUUAUAGGUGACGCAUUAAUCCAGGUUGAAGUCUGCUAA